AUAACAGCGGGAGCUGUGCUCCACUGUGCUCUGCCCGGUGCCAUUCUGCCGGCUUCCAGGGUCGCGCUGCAGUGCAGAGGCUUGAUUGCCGCCUUCAAGUGGAUUUUUCGACAGUAGAGAACUCAGGUCGGUGACUGGAUCUCCGUUCUCAAGGGCCAGACAGAAGCAUGUCGGAAGCCAGCAGGAAUUCCGAUGAGGAGCUCCUUGAUGGGGAGAUCGAUGAAGAUGCCAUCUUGGCCAACCUGUCCCCUGAAGAGCUGAAAGAACUGCAGUCGGAAAUGGAGGUCAUGGCCCCGGACCCCCACCUGCCCGCGGGAAUGAUUCAGAAAGACCAGACGGACAAGCCCCCGACGGGAAGCUUCGACCAUAAAUCACUUGUUGAUUACAUGUAUUGGCAGAAGGCGUCCAGACGCAUGCUGGAAGACGAGCGCGUUCCUGUCACCUUUGUGCAGUCGGAGGAAAACACUCAAGAACCGCAUGAAGAAAUAAGCAAAAAUAAUAAAAAUCUGUCCCAAUUUUUAAAGGAAAGGCUCAAUAGUGAAAUAGUAGCAAAUAAGAGAGACCCAGAAGGCAGCAGUAGCAUCCAGGAGGCAGAUAAUGACGAUGAGGAAGAGGAAGACGAUGCAGGUGAUGAGAGCAAUGAAGGAGAUGAUGGUGCAGAGAGUGAUGAAAAUAUACAAAGAGAAGAUGAAAGCAAAGUAAAGGCGCCAAUUGAAAAUUGCCAGUCGGUAGCCUCUACCACAUCGGAAGAUCAGAGAGAUGGACUGGAACCCCAGGAGAAGAGUGAGAAAAAAAUAUCCAAACUGGACCCUAAGAAGUUAACUCUAGACACCAGUUUUUUGAAGGUAAGCGCAAGACCUUCAGGAAACCAGACAGACCUGGAUGGGAGCUUGCGGCGAGUUAGGCAAAACGAUCCUGACAUGAAGGAGCUCAACCUGAACAACAUUGAGAACAUCCCUAAAGAAAUGUUACUGGACUUUGUCAAUGCAAUGAAGAAAAACAAGCACAUCAAAACUUUCAGUUUAGCCAACGUGGGAGCAGACGAGAACGUAGCGUUUGCCUUGGCUAACAUGUUGCGUGAAAACAGGAGCAUCACCACUCUGAACAUCGAGUCCAACUUCAUCACGGGGAAGGGCAUCGUGGCCAUCAUGAGGUGUCUCCAGUUUAAUGAGACGCUGACCGAGCUUCGGUUUCACAAUCAGAGGCACAUGCUGGGCCACCACGCAGAGAUGGAGAUAUCCAGGCUUUUGAAGGCCAACAACACUCUCCUGAAGAUGGGCUACCAUUUUGAGCUCCCAGGUCCCAGGAUGGUGGUCACGAAUCUGCUCACCAGGAAUCAGGAUAAGCAAAGGCAGAAGAGACAAGAAGAGCAAAAACAGCAGCAGCUCAAGGAGCAGAGGAAGUUGAUCGCCAUGUUGGAGAAUGGGUUGGGGCUGCCCCCUGGGAUGUGGGAGAGGUUGGGAGGACCAAUGCCAGACCCCAGAAUGCAGGAGUUCCUGCAGCCUCCUCCUCAGCCUCCCAACGCCCAAGCAGUCCCAUUCAGCCGGAGGAAUGAAACCAUGAAAAAGCCAUCACCGCCUCCGCAGUACAAGACAGACCCUGACUCCUUCCGGGUGGUCAAGCUAAAGAGAAUCCAGCGCAAGUCUCGGAUGCCAGAAGCCCGAGAAGCUCCUGAGAAAACCAACCUCAAAGAUGUGAUCAAAACACUCAAACCAGUGCCACGAAACAGGCCUCCCCCGCUCGUGGAAAUCACUCCCAGAGAUCAGCUCUUGAACGACAUUCGCCACAGCAACGUCGCCUAUCUUAAACCUGUGCAGCUACCUAAGGAACUGGCAUAAACAGUGAUGGAGUCAGCUGGAAGAACAAGAAAUUGAAAUAAUGACUCUUGGAUUAAGGCCUGGCGACUUCUGGAUACAGGUGGCAGAACCGGGAACAAGGCUAAUUAACAUCUGAUGGGGAGAAAAUGCGUGAGCCAUGGCCGAAUAGGAGCUGAAGAGGAAGGGGGAAGGAGAUAAAGUACUGAUAUUCAGGGCAACAUUUUCUACUUCUAGUCAGUCUGAAUGACUUAAGGAAAAUUCGGUCAUCCUUCUAGAACUAGAAGUUUAAGAAAAUUACUUUGGUAAUCAUUCGCUUUACCAUGACUUUCUUGUGGUUAAUAACAAUAAAUGCGAUGGAAGUGUUCACUA